GUAUACGAAAACAAACAGGGUGAAGGUCAAGUUACGAAAAGAAAAUUGAAGCGAAAACUGGGCUGGUUGACCCGAGUCGCCGAAGAUACAAGAUUGCAGUUUGUUCUUGCAGUAAACGACCUAUUCAAAUGGCUCGAAGUUAUGAUCUAACGGAUGAAAAGCAAACGAAAGAAUAUUUACGUGACGUGGAGAUCGAAUAUCAGUUUCAGUGUCUUGAUCAAAAAGAAGCUGACGGCUGCCACCGCUUGGCUGAGUUCCGAGAGAAUGUGAAGAAGAACAUCACAGCAGCUGCCCCUCUGUACAAGGAGAACUGUGACAGCAACAAAUACCCAAAGAGCUGCUACAAGUAUGGCCAGUGUCUCAUCACUGGAAAAGGUAUACCAGAUAACAAACCAGACCUGAUCUCUGCCUUGCAAUAUUACGAGAAAGCCUGCGAUUACGGACUAGGCUCGGGAUGUUUUAACGCUGCUCAGCUCAGACUGUCAGGCACGGGCGACAACCAGAGCAACUCGGAGAAAGCCAUGUCUCUCUUAGACAAAGCCUGUGAGCUCAACGAUGGGGAGGCUUGCUUCAAGUUGAGCACCUUCUAUCUGAUGGGUCAGAGAGUGGAAAAGGACCUCUCCAAGGCAUUUCAGCUGGCAAAGAAAGGUUGUGAGCUGGGGAGCGUGUACAGUUGUAGCAACCUGGGUCUCAUGUAUCGCCACGGUAACGGGACGGAGAAGAAUGCCAAACUAGCGAAUGAGGCAAAGCAAAGGGCCAUGAAGCUGUAUGAGGAGACGAGAAAGAAGCAACCGACUGUCAAAGUAAAUGAAUGAUAUUGUGUUCUUUAGUUUUCAUACACAUUUUGUAGGUAAACGCUA